ACCAUGUUUUUUCCUUUGUACCUUUGUUUUUUUCUUUCUCCCAUGUUUCAGUAACACUGCCUCCACGACACUGAUGCAACAAUCUCAAUCCAAAACUACUCUUACGGUGCCAUGUAACCCUUUUUUCUUCACUUAGUUAUAACCCUGUUAUUUCGUUGUUUGUUUCAUUUUCAUACAAAAAUCAAAGUGGGUGUGUUCUUGUUUCUGUGAAUGUUUUGUUAUUGUUUUUGAAAGCAUUAAGAGAGUUUAAUAUUGAAGCAUAAUGUCUAUUGAGGAAGUGUUAAGGAAUAAGCUUAGAAAAAAGCCUAAAUUUGGUGUAAGAAUUUCUAGGAACUCGUCUGGAAUUGUAACAGAUGAAGGGUUUAGAGGAAAUGAAGAAAAGAGUGGUUAUGAGAGGAGAAAGUUUCAUGAGAGAGGUGAAAAUGAUGAUAGAGGAAAUAGGUAUAAGGGGGAAUUGAAGAAAAAUGAGGAGUUUAGAAGAGGUGAAAAAAAGAGUGGUUAUGAGAGAAGAAAGUUUUAUGAAAGAGGUGAUAGAGAAAAUGGGUAUAAGGGGAAGUUGAAGAAAAAUGUGAACUUUGGAGGAACCGAAUCGGGUGAAGAGAGGAGCGGUGAUAAGUUUUAUGAGAGAGGGAAGUUGAGAAGUAGAAAGGAUGAGAAUGGUUUUAAGGAGGAUGCGGUUUUUGAUAGGGAAAAUGGGUUUAAGGGGAAGAUGAAGAAAAGGGUGAACUUUAGAGGAAGGGAAUCGGGUGAAGAAAGAAGUGGCGAGAAGUUUUAUGAGAGAGGAAAGGUGAAAACUUCUAGGGACUCGUCGAGAACUAGAAAUGAUGAGAAUCGUUUUAAAAAGGAUGUGGUCUUUGAUAGGGAAAAUGGGUAUAAAGGGAAGUUGAAGAAAAAUGUAAACUUUAAAGGAAUGGAAUCAGGUGAAGAAAGGAGCAGCGAGAAGUUUCAUGAGAGGGGAAAGUUGAAAAAUUUGGAUUCUUUUGGGAGGAAGAAGAGAGUAUUUGCUAAUGAGGAAGGGGUGGAUGAAAAUGAGAAAUCAUGGAGUGGUGUGAAGAUAUCGAAGAAGAAACCUUUGUUUAAGAAAGGGGAGAAGAAGGUGAAAGAUGAGACUGUGGAAGAGAAAACCGAUGAUGAACGUACAAUCUGGGAUUUCGGUAAAUUGAAGAAGGCAAAAUCCAAAAACAAGCUUUCAAAUCAAAGUUUGAAGGACAAGAAAGAAAUUGAUGGAAAAGAUGAUAGUGCUGAGAAAGUUAGAGAAGAAGUUGUGUAUCCUUCAGAAUCUGACAUGAAAAAACCAGGGUUGGAGGAUGAUGCUAAGAGACUAGAUGAUCGCCCCUUUAAGAAAAAGAAAAGGGUGAUGAGGAUUGAUCCAUAUGAUAUCUCAAACAAGAGACUAGAUGAUUCCAUUGCUGUUGAUGGAAGUAUAGAAGAGAAGGAGAAGAAAAAGGACGCGGAGAAAGAGCCUGAAAUGUCUCAGAACGCCCAAUUCCGUGCAAUACAGCCCAGCCCUUCAAUACUAACCUUUGUGGAAAAAAAUCUGUUGGGCAGGAGGCGCAUGAUAGAUAUAAAAAGGGCAGGCUACAAUAUAGAACUUCCUAUGCCAUUAGAUAACAUUCCCUUCUCUAAAAGUUCCGACAGAGAGAACAUUGAAGAAAAUGUUUUCAGAAACAGAUUGGAAUUUUUCGCUGCUGCGAAGGUCUCAUCAUCAUUUCCACCUCCUAAUCUUCCGGAGAUUGCAUUUGCUGGAAAGUCAAAUGUCGGUAAAUCAUCUCUUCUUAAUGCACUUACUAGACAAUGGGGGGUUGUACGGACAUCGGACAAGCCUGGCCAUACACAGACAAUAAACUUCUUCAACUUGGGAACAAAGCUUAGCUUAGUUGAUUUGCCGGGAUAUGGAUUUGCGUAUGCAAAAGACGAAGUGAAAGAAGCUUGGGAGGACCUUGUAAAGGAGUAUGUAUCAACACGAGUGGGUCUCAAACAAGUCUGCCUUUUGAUUGAUACAAAAUGGGGCAUGAAACCAAGAGAUAUUGAACUGAUUGACUUAAUGGAAAGAUCAAAAACUAAAUACCAGAUAGUAUUAACCAAGACAGAUACCGUUUUCCCAAUUGAUGUGGCGCGACGUGCCAUGCAAAUCGAAGAGAGUCUCUUGCCGAACAAGUCUGUAAUUCAACCUCUGAUGAUGGCCAGCUCGAAAUCUGGAGCAGGCAUCAGAAGCUUGAGAACUGUUCUUGCCAGCGUAGCUCGAUUUGUCAAAUAAAGGAUAUAAUAAGGCCAUGUGUUUUUUGCUGAUGUAGAAGUUUUACACCUGAAGACACCACCACGUAGGAAUAAUGACAUGUUUAUUGUUUUGAUAUCCAAUUUUAAGUGGCACGUCUCUGAUGUGUAGACUGCCAUUUUAAUUACCUUUUUGUCCAUUAAUUUAUGCUAAUUAACUUCAACAUUUUUUUUUAUUCCCUUGGUCAAAUAGAAUGGUUGCAUGCAUGCUUCCCACUUCUUUUCAAAA